CUUCCUUAGCUUUCCUUCCUCGCUUCCACUCCGCGUUCCUUCUCCUCCUCCCCCUCUGCUAAGUGUAGAUAGACGCAGGGGCCGCUUGGCCCAGCCUCGAUCGCUGGAAUUCAGGGCACGCCCCUUCCUUCCGAGGAGAAUGAAAGCGGAACCUCACCGUUUGUGGUCACGCCCGCCCCAACCAGCCGAUCGCUACUCUGCUGCGGGUCCUCUGGUCAGAGUGCCUCUGGAGCGGAGGCUGUGUCACACAGACUCUGGAACCAUGAACAUAUUUGAUAGGAAGAUCAACUUCGAUGCGCUCUUAAAAUUUUCCCAUAUAACCCCCUCAACACAGCAGCACCUGAAGAAGGUCUAUGCAAGUUUUGCCCUCUGUAUGUUUGUGGCAGCUGCGGGGGCCUAUGUCCAUGUGGUCACUCAUUUCCUUCAGGCUGGCCUGCUCUCGGCCUUGGGCUCUCUGGGGUUGAUGAUUUGGCUAAUGGCAACACCUCAUAGCCAUGAAACUGAGCAGAAAAGACUGGUACUUCUUGCUGGAUUUGCUUUCCUUACAGGAGUUGGCUUGGGCCCUGCUCUGGAGUUGUGCAUUGCCAUCAACCCUAGCAUCCUUCCCACUGCCUUCAUGGGCACAGCAAUGAUCUUCACCUGUUUCACCCUGAGUGCACUGUAUGCCAGGCGCCGUAGCUACCUCUUCCUGGGAGGUGUCUUGAUGUCAGCCAUGAGCCUGAUGCUCUUGUCUUCCCUGGGGAACCUUUUCUUUGGAUCCAUUUGGCUUUUCCAGGCAAACCUGUAUGUGGGUCUGGUGGUCAUGUGUGGCUUUGUCCUUUUUGAUACUCAGCUUAUUAUUGAAAAGGCCGAAAAUGGAGAUAAGGAUUAUAUCUGGCACUGCAUUGACCUCUUCUUAGAUUUCAUUACUCUCUUCAGAAAACUCAUGAUGAUCCUGGCUAUGAAUGAGAAGGACAAGAAGAAAGAGAAGAAGUGAAAUGACUAUCCAGCCUUUCCCAAUUUGACUUUCUCUCCUUACAUCCCUCAUUUCCUCUUUGCACACAUUACAGGUGGCGUGUUCUGUGAUAAUGAAAAGCAUCAGAAAAGCUUUUGUACUUUGUGGUUUUCUCUAUUUUGAAUUUUUGAUCAGAAAACUGAUUAGCAGAAUAUAGUUUGGAGUUUGGCUUUGUCUUCCUGGGGUUCUCCCUUUACUCUCUUUUCUGUCAGCCCCCUCCAUAGCCUCUCCCUCUGCUCAGGCAGCCAGUGCACCGUGGUAAGGAGUGGGAACAGCAGAUAGAGCAAACUCCAGGAGUCCGCUUUCCAGCGAGCUUCACCAAGUGGACCUGAACUGUUUGGUAGAGCCACCUGAAUCCUUCCUUGGUUCAACAUUGGUUUGUGCACAGUUCCUCUGGGACAGGGCAGUGUGUUUUCCAUUGGAAAGAAGUUUGCUGGUCCCAUUGUUAACUCAGGCUCAUUAUAUCUGAGCUGUCAACCCCUGCAGAGAAAAUGAAGAGCCUCUUCUGGUGGAUGCUUUGCUUCCUUUGAGCUGCCCAAGCUGGGCUGGCAAACACACCUUUCUGCGUUGCCUUCACAAAAGGAAUGUGGUUUUGUGUGUGUUCCAUUUCCUACCCCUUGCCUGACCCUCAGGGAAUCUGCCUGCUUUCCAUCUAUGGAGUGGGGAGAUUUCAGUACAAAGGGAAGACUAAUUCUUGUCAGGAAUUUAUGAAAAGGCUGAUUAUUGUAUGGCAAGGUAUAUAUAGCCUAGCAUUUCCAAACUUCCCCUGUUUUUUAUUUUUACUUAUUAUUUUUAAAAAUUAGUUAUCACCUUAGUUACUGAAUGGCCUCUGCCAGGUGGCUAUUAUUAAAGGUCCCAAGAGAGGAAGGACAGGGAAGGAGAAUGGUUGAGCCUCUGUGGCUAAUUGUACUUGCCAGACAAACCUAGGUAAGGACCUGUUUGGGACAGGAAGAACAAAAUCCCCUUUACCAACUGAGUGGUUCCUUGUUCACAUCAAUAGAGCGGGGCUGUGAUGACCCAGGAGGCAGCAUUCAUAGUCCUUAUUUGCAUUUUUAUCUAUCCUCACCUGGGCGCUAAUAGCAUUAGGUCAGAGAUUUGAGGCAGUAGAUAAAUGUUCAUUUUACUGAUGCACUUUAGUUUUUGGUCUGUUUACCUGAUUCCAGAAAUCCGCAGCCUUCUGGGCAGGAGCCAGGUGACUAAACCUGCAAGACCCUCAAUUCCUGCAGCUUUGUGGUUGCAGGUGUGGGUGGGCAGUCCUAAUAGGGAUCACCAGCUCCUUCCCUGUGGGCUGCACAGUCAGUUGGCACAGAAGGACAGUGUUGGGAGUGGUUGUGACUCUGGCUAUUCACAGGGCUUCAAUGUAAAGGGACUGAGCCAUUGAAAGCUCACUACCAGUAGGACACCAUUUUUGGCCUCCCUGUUCAUAACCAAUGCACAGUUUGACACAGUGGCUGCUGGUUCACAGCACAGCACACCACAUCACUAUGCCAUCCCAUGGAGCUAUUUGUUCCCAGGCUCUGUUCAUUCCUAGAGUGGUAUGCCAUCACAAUGGCUCUCUUCCACUGAGGGUACUGCCCUCUGAUUUAACUGCUGCCUCCAGCCUCUGGCUUGAGAACUUAGUGAAGGGACUUCCUUCCGAUUAAGCCCCCAUUAGCAGCAACUCUCUUUAAAUUUAGUGAUUAUCUGCCAGGCCCGAGAAUCUGAGUUACUUCUUUUGAAGCCAGACUCCAUCUCUUUUGCUUUUUUGCUUGGGAUAAAGGAGUUUUUCUUUAGAAACAGUGCCAAGAAUAACAAAAUAUAAAAAACUACUUUUAAACAAAAUGCCUAACAGGUUUUUAAUACAGUUAGUUAUCACUGUAAUUACCACUUUGUUUUCUAGUUCCUUGGUUUUCAGCUCAGGCUGCAUUCUCUAACUCAUACUGUGAAGACAAAGGUGUUUUUGAUUCAGAAAUAUAUGAAAUCUACAUAGUCUUAAUUUGUAAAAAAUAAAUUCCUAACCUUUC